UACCGCGCGGUACAGUGGCCGGCGAGCGCCCCGCACUCACGUGUGUCGCGAAUCGACUUCCCCGGUGGUUGCCGACUUACAUCAACAUUUCAUGGUGUUUUCCAACAGUUCAUUGGUGCUAAUUCGUGCCGGGCGUUAAGGAAACAUUCGAGGGUCCACCGGAUAGAGCGUGCCUAUUUUCGGUGCCGCUCAUAAAAAUUAUAGGUGUUUUCGGCGGAUGCGAUGAAUAAAUUUUGCAAAUCGAGUCUGUGUGUCGAAAAGGUUCGUGAUAGCUAUGUUUUGAUCGGACGGCGUGUUGUGCCGGGCGGUGCGGAUACAUUUCGGCCAUCUCUUCUGCCGAUAACUGUGAAGCUACGGCAGUGUUGCCAAUUUUCCGCCCUUGGAUGACUCCAAUACCAUUUGUAUUGGAGUCAUAAACAGAAAUUAGAUCCAGAUGCUCCUGCUGAUGCUGUUAUAUGCUUAGGUGUGACAUUGUAAUGAGCGUUACCAUCCCGUGAAGAUUUCUUGACGGAAGACUCAAGUGCCAUUGAGAACCAGUUUACCACAACAGUGAUAUUUAGUAUAGGUGAUAAUUAUAGUGCGCUACCGUGAUAUAGACUUAGUGUUAAUGUUUUAAAGAAACAGUUUUGUUCAUAAAAAGUAACGAGAAAGAAGCGAAACUGGCUCCCUAUAAGGAUAUAAUGAACUCGACGAGCAUUAGCUCAGCAGUGCCGACAAUUAAAUGUGAGGAUACGUCUCCGUCGCCGACAGCCGCCGUUGGUACUGACGGAGAGUCAGGGGCAUAUCUUAGUGUUAACGUCAACCUGAGCACUGCCAUGAUGAACCUCCUCGCUGCGGAAGGCGCCAACACCACACUGCGCACCCCAGAAAUCGUCAACGACCUGAUCACCAUGUCAAACCCCAUGGACCAAUAUAACUACGACAAAAAUUCUAGCUUCAAGAAUAGCAAUGACUCGAACUCUUCAAUGUCAAACAGCUCGUCGGCUACUUCACCAGCCUCCGGGACCCCGCCCAGCAUACAAAAGACUUGCUCGGAACUGAUUAAGGCCGGUUUGAAGUUGUCCAUAGAGUCGAAAAGGAAAAUGUCGGGAAGCGACACGGAUGUCGGCAUCAAGAGAAUGAAGAAGGAGGAGAGCGAUGAUGAUUACGACAGCAGUCAUACCCAGGUGUCUAGAAACGAGCUGACACCAGAGGACGAGGAGAGGAGGCGUCGGAGAAGAGAAAGAAACAAAAUAGCAGCUACCAAGUGCAGGAUGAAGAAGAGGGAACGAACAGUGAACCUCGUUAAUGAAAGUGAAGUGCUCGAAAACCAGAAUAUUGACCUCAAGGCGCAACUUAAGGAUCUCGAAGUUCAGAAGCGACAGUUGCUAGACAUGUUAUCGCAACACGCGUCCUCCUGCGUACGGAACAACACUAACGCGAGAACGUCGCCAAACUUCAACAUGAUGAGGACGUUCGAAUCACCGACAACAUUCCCCGUCAACUACGACGCCCACUCGCCCUACAUACGACCAGAAUCAGCCAACAUACUAGCCUCGAGCUACACGUGUGCCACCCCACUCAACGAGACCAUAGACACUAUGUCUUUAGACGCGGCCUACAUGACGCCGCAGAACAUAGACGUCGAAUACAACAGACCCGACAGCGUCAUCAGUCUGCCCCCUAAUUCCGACAGUUACAUCACCACGGAUGGAUACCUGCCAAAAGCCACAGCGAUCCUAGGUCCGAUCGAACCGGAAACGGAAUACUAUGACAAUGAGAUCAAUUACGUCACCCAACAAUGUCACAGUUACCCCAACAACAUACAGGACUCACAACAGAAGUUAAACAACAGUCUGAACGACGGCUGUCUGGUCUAAACUUUCGCCUCCAUCAUGAAUCGGGUCCAAAAAUUAUUCUCAUCUGUAUACGUUUUAAUAUUUCGAUCUAUAAAUUUAUCAGCUAAUUUAUUUUGAGUGUCCGAACUAAAAAAAUAUAUAUAAAAUUAAUGUCCGAUGUGUUUAGAUCUUUCUUGCUUGUCACGUCAGUCGGAGAAAGGUAUUAUUUCGAAAAGUAAUCGUAUGUCUACUGUGUAGAACAACAACGUAGAGUAGUGAAAGAGCCCGUGACAAUGUUGCGUGUUAUUAUUAAAAGCUGGAAAUAAUUUGACAGUUGCCGUGAUGCGGCUCGAUGUGUCACAUCAUAACUUUUAAUUUAUUCGUUUUUUAAUAUUUCAAGUGUUGUGAAAUAAUAGGAAUCACCGUUAUCGAUUAAUUUUCAAUAGGGCUGUUAAACAGUCGAUAGUUAGGUAGGUACAUAUUAUAUUAUUUUAAAUCGUAGUUAUUAACCCUAACAAUACAGCAUUCGUUAUAAUUUGUAAGUUCUAUAAUUUUGCUUUGAUUUGUACAAAAUAUUUUAUUUUUAGAUCUGAUUAUUUAAGCGGUGGUGCAAUUGUUGGAUUUGUUAAUGCAUUCGCUACAACUGUCACCUGUCACCUGUGUCUAGUCGCCAUUAAUGACGCCAAAUCAAAAAAAAAAAAACAA